AAGGAGGUGGCUAGGUGUUUGUUGCUAUAGUGAUUGAACUGAUGCCGCAGUCUGGGCUGGCUGAGCAGAGUUCGGCUUUGGGAAAGAAUGAAGCAAAUAGAAGAGAAAAAAGAAGGAAAAUGCAGCGGGCGAGCAUUGAGCUCCGGAACACAGUGCAACGGGCCCGGAACAGUUGGAAUGCAGCACUGCUUGUAGCACUUUUAUCCUUCUUUACUCGAUUCUACCGCUUGUCCGAACCGCCUCAUGUGUGCUGGGAUGAGACCCAUUUUGGAAAGAUGGGAAGUUAUUACAUAAACCGGACCUUUUUCUUUGAUGUUCAUCCUCCUCUUGGAAAGAUGCUUAUUGGACUUGCUGGUUACUUGAGUGGUUACAAUGGUUCCUUUCCCUUCCAGAGGCCAGGACAGAGCUAUGAGACUCAUAAUUACUUGGGCAUGAGAGGGUUCUGUUCCUUCCUGGGAUCCUUUCUUGCACCCUUCUCUUUCUUCAUUGUGCUGGAGCUGUCACAGUCACUUUCUGCAGCUUUGCUUGCAGCAGCACUAAUUAUCUUUGACACAGGGUGCAUUACUCUGUCCCAGUACAUUUUGUUGGAUCCUAUCCUCAUGUUCUUCAUUCUUGGGGCAUUGCUUAGCAUGAUAAAGUUUCACUCCUGUGCAGACAGGCCCUUUAGUUCAGUUUGGUGGAUGUGGCUCAGCUUGACAGGUGUGAAUUUAGCCGGUGCUCUCGGGGUGAAAUUUGUUGGCCUUUUCAUAGUUACCUUGGUUGGUAUUAAUACAGCAAAGGAGCUUUGGAAGUUAUUGGGUGACCUUACUUUGACAUUGGAAAUGUUUCUCAGACACUUAGCUGCACGAGUUCUCUGCUUGAUAGUCCUGCCUGCCUGUUUUUACUUUCUCAUCUUUGCUGUGCACUUCACUGUGCUGAACAGAAGUGGUUCAGGCGAUGGAUUUUUCAGCUCUGCCUUUCAGUCCCGUCUGAUUGGAAACAACCUGCACAGUGCCUCAAUGCCAGAACAUCUGGCUUAUGGCUCCACCAUCACCUUGAAAAGUUUACGUACAGCUGCAGGAUACCUGCAUUCACACUGGCACCUUUAUCCAGAAGGUGUGGGUGCACGGCAACAGCAGGUUACUACAUAUUCACACAAGGAUCAGAACAACCUGUGGAUCAUAAAGAAGCACAACUCUGAGAGUGAUCCAGCAUCACCAGUCGAGUUAGUGAGGCAUGGAGAUAUCAUCCGUUUGGAACAUAAAAUGACAAGUCGCAAUCUGCACAGUCACCAACGGGAGGCUCCACUUACUAAGAAACACCUGCAGGUGACAACAUAUGGAAUGAAUGGAACAGGAGAUUCCAAUGAUUACUGGAGAAUAGAGGUGCUUGGCAGCAGAAGUAAAGUCAAAGUUCUGCGCAGUCACAUCAGAUUGCUUCACCUGUCAACUGGAUGUUUGCUUGGCUCCUCUGGUAAAACCCUACCAAGAUGGGGCUGGGAGCAAGGCGAGGUGACUUGCAGUCCUUAUGUCCGUGAAACCCCCAGUACUCUGUGGAAUGUGGAAGACCAUGAGAAUCCAAAGCUUGCAAAUAUCAGUGUGUCUAUCCUGAAACCAAACUUUCUAGAGAUUUUGCUGGAAUCUCAUAUUGUUAUGUUUCGGGCAAACAGCGGGCUUAAACCAAAGGAACAUGAGGUAACCUCCAGGCCUUGGCACUGGCCAAUAAAUUUUCAGGGUCUUCGUUUUUCUGGAGUUAAUGCCACUGAUUUCCGUGUAUACUUAUUGGGAAAUCCAGUCAUAUGGUGGCUGAAUCUGGCCUGUCUUGGGAUUUAUGUUAUCUUUGGGAUCUGUGCUGCUGUGUCUUUGAAACGAGGAGUUCCUGUGUCUAAGGAAGUGGAAGACAGCUACCUUCUUCUCCUGGAGGGUGGUGGGCAGCUGAUGCUGGGGUGGCUUCUGCAUUACUGUCCUUUCUACUUCAUGGGACGUGUGCUCUAUUUCCACCAUUAUUUCCCAGCUAUGCUUUUCUCCUGUAUGCUAACCGGUGUAACCUGUUCCGUCCUGCUCAAGCUCUGCACUAGAUUCUUACCCUCCACUGUGCACCACUCUGUGUAUAUGGCUGCAAUGUGUUUUGUGCACCUCAUCCUCUUGUACAGCUUCUACCUCUUCCACCCACUUUCAUACGGCAUGAUGGGAACUCUUGCAGACAGUCAAGAUAGCCCAAUGUUUGGUCUACGAUGGAUGGAAUCAUGGGAAUUCUAAAUUGAAUUCUUGACUGAGGAGCAUGGGAGGACAUCAGAGUGAAACUUCAGUUUUACCAUCAUGUGUAUUUGAAAUGGAUUACCAGAUCUUAUCUUCUAGGAACAAAAUAAACUACAGUGUAUAUGUGCCAUUUCAGGGGUGAUCAAAUGGAAGCAUCUUCUGACUGUGGAGAAAAGGCCAUGCUUGGAUGUCAAAACAUUGUUGAUCCCUCUGCCCAAGAUUUUUUUUUUUUUUUUUUUUUUUUAAAAAAACAAAAAAAAGAAAUAAAAGACUACUUUAACAGCUGGGAAGUAACUAACACAUGUUGCUUAUCUGACAUAAUGUGACCUACGCUCUAUGUGGGACACCAUAAUGAUGAUAAUGUGUGACUACAUGAGGGAAUGUUUUAUUAAUUUUGUUCCAUCACAGAUUAUAGAUUAGAUAAACCAACAGUGAAAUAACAUUUGGACUUAUUUUAUAUCUUGCCUCCAUCAUGAAUAAAAGUGUGAUGUUUAUAUAA